AUGGUUUUCUUCAUUCCCUUCGACUUUGCACCACCACCAUCCCUUGCCCCUUCUUUCCUUUCGCCUUCUCCCAUCACCCACUCCUGUCCCUCUUUUCCCGCCUCUGGACAAUUCAGGAGUGCGAUGAACCGUGUCAUUGGCCUUGGCUCUGCGCUUUCACUCGUCCCAAAAAGAUGUUCCUCUGCUGCCGCCGCUGUGCAAUCACUAAUCACAAAGGAACUUGACGGCAUCAAAGCUGCCGGUACAUGGAAAACAGAACGCGUUAUUACUAGUCCACAGGCCGCCGAUGUUUCCGUCGAAGGCAUGAAAGGUGAUAUUAUUAACUUCUGCGCGAAUAACUAUCUCGGUCUUGCCAGUCACCCUCGUGUAGUUGAAUCUGCCGCCCAAUGCCUCAAAACCCAUGGGGCGGGAAUGAGUUCAGUUCGUUUCAUUUGCGGUACCACCGACAUUCAUAAGAAGCUUGAGCAGAAGAUUGCCCAUUUUCAUGGCCGCGAAGACAGCAUUCUUUUCCCAAGCUGUUUCGAUGCCAAUGCAGCCAUCUUUGAAACUCUUCUCACUCCUGAGGACUGUGUUAUCUCCGACGAGCUGAACCAUGCUUCAAUCAUCGAUGGCAUUCGUUUGUGCCGCGCUAAACGUUUCCGAUAUCUUCACGGUGAUAUGAAAGAUCUUGAGCGCUGCCUUGAGGAGGCUAAAGAUUGCCGUGUCAAAUUGAUCGCCACCGAUGGUGUGUUUAGCAUGGAUGGUGACAUUGCUAAACUCCCGCAAAUUCUGGAGUUGGCGGAAGAGCAUAAGGCCAUCACCUUCAUCGAUGAAUGCCAUGCUACUGGCUUCUUCGGGGAGACGGGUCGUGGAACUGAGGAGUACUAUGGAUUGCAAGGCAAAGUGACCAUAAUAAACUCAACCCUGGGUAAGGCGAUGGGUGGCGCUUCUGGUGGUUACACUACCGGCUCAAAGGAACUCGUUGCACUCCUUCGUCAGCGCGGCCGACCUUAUCUCUUCUCCAACAGUCUUCCACCUGCCGUCGUUGGUGCAGCCUUGGGAGCAUUCGACCUUCUCAUCGAGAGCUCUAACCUGCCUCAAAAGCUGCAUGCCAAUGUCAAACUCUUCCGUGACACAAUGACCGAGCGUGGUUUCAAGCUUUCUGGUGAUUAUUGCCAUCCUAUCGCCCCAGUAAUGCUUGGAGACGCUCGUUUGGCUGCUCAAUUCGCCGAUGCAAUGCUGCAACACGGCAUUUACGUGAUCGGCUUCAGCUAUCCGGUUGUGCCCAAGGGUAAAGCUCGCAUACGUGUCCAGAUCUCCGCGGCACACAGCCAAGAGCAAAUAAUAAAGGCCAUUGACGCGUUCACAUCUGUUGGAAGGAAGCUCAGUGUCAUUCAAUAG